AUGUUCCUUCAAGCCUAUGAACAGGAUCCUCGAGAGGAAUGGGUAUGUGAUUGGCCUGGUCAGGUUGUAUUGUGCGUUUCACAGAUCUUCUGGACACUUGAAGUAAGUGCUGCUCUUCAAUUUGCUGGAUCAUCGGAGGGCCUACUUGCUUACAAGAGCAAAUGCGAUGAACAAAUAGCUCAAAUCGUUUGCUUAGUUCGCGGCCGACUAAAUGCUCAGCAGCGAAUUACAUUGGGUGCUCUUGUUGUGAUUGAUGUGCACGCACGAGAUGUAGUUGCCGACAUGAAUAAAAAGCAGGUUACUUCAGAUAAUGAUUUUAAUUGGCUUGCUCAACUACGAUACUAUUGGGAGGACGGAGACGUUAAGGUCCGUCUGACAAAUGCCACAGUACCCUAUGCAUAUGAAUACCUUGGAAAUUCGCUUAGGUUAGUUAUUACUCCACUCACUGACCGAUGCUAUCGAACUCUGAUUGGUGCCUACCAUCUUAAUUUGAAUGGGGCUCCUGAAGGUCCAGCUGGUACGGGCAAGACUGAAACAACCAAGGACUUAGCAAAAGCAUUGGCAGUCCAAUGUGUCGUAUUCAAUUGUUCAGAUGGAUUGGAUUAUAUUGCUAUGGGCAAGUUUUUUAAAGGGUUGGCUUCCUCUGGAGCAUGGGCUUGCUUUGAUGAAUUUAACAGGAUCGAGUUAGAAGUUCUUUCUGUAGUCGCCCAGCAAGUAAGCUCACUUUGUUCUUAUGAUAUUCGUUAA